UUGUUUCGACAUUCACUUAAACCUCAUACAAAUCUUGGUAUUUUGAGACUUGGACGAAUUCACUCAUAUAAAAAUAAUAACAAGCCGAGUAUAGGUAAUAUAUUUAAUAAUAAUUCACGAAAGUUUCAUAAUAAUAGAACAUGUUUAAGCUUAGGUAAGUCCAAAAAUAAGUAUAUACAUAUUUACAUUUCUAAUUCUUUCUAA